AUGCUGCAGAUGAGCUAUGCACAGGAGAAGGUUCUCAAGGAUCGUAUACGAGAGCUGGAGUCCAGCCAAGGCCGAACCCAUGUGGCAGGAGAUUACUUGAAGCAUGUCGUGCUCAAGUAUAUCGAGUACUGCCAGAAGGGUGAUCUGAAAUCUCAGUCUCUGGUGCCCGUUCUCUGCACGCUGCUGAACCUUUCUCCAGCAGAGCGCAGAUUGGUGGAACAUUCCUCCGUCCCUUCUCCCCUCCUGCACAUCAACCAGGCCCAAGCCGGUUCCGUGCGAGCUUGCAGCAAAACAGAGAGAAGACGCGAUUGGGCAUUGGCAGCUAUUGGCAGGUGGCAGGCGCGGCGGGCGCCUGGCUUUGGUCCGGAGAGACGCUGCCGGAGCCACCGGAGCCGGGCUCCCUUUCUUUUUUGA